CCGCACACCACGUGACCCAAUUCUCCCCCGUCCUUCAUUCAGUUCAUUCAGCACCAUGGCUGUGGAUGCUGCGGAUGCUCUCCGCUGUAUCCUGCAUCCACGCCAGCUCUCCCUCCUCUUUCUCGCCAUCACCCUCUCCUCCCUGCCGGCCCCGGCGGCGGCGCUGCUCGGCGUCCGGCCCGAAGACACGCAGAGCGGGGAUCUGUCCGUGCAGAACGGGAUUUUGAGGGCGACCGAGGGGGCUCGCUUCACGCUGAGGGUUUACCACUCUGAGCAUCCCCACCACGCGAAUUUCAGCGGCAGACUUGACGCCGCACCUGCCGCUCCGUGGAUCGCCUUCAUAGAGGAGCCGAGCGGCAGCGGUGAUGCGGAGAGGGGGCCCCGCUCCAAGGGGAACCCGUGUGAAGACGAGAGCUCCCGGAGCUCCGACAUAGAACUGCUGGGCUCCUUCAGAUCAACUUCAAGUCACAACUCUGUGUUAGUUGAGCUGCUGGCCAAAGACUUGCGCAGAGACGAGGUGAUCAAAUUCUACUCCAUGUGCGCGUUUGACGGAGUGAAAUGGGAGCACUUUAGGACCAAAGACUUCUUGCUGGCUGUGGUGGAGAGACCACCAGAGCCAGAUGUUUGGCUCCAAACGGGGGUCUCCGUGCUUCUGUUGGCGCUGUCCGCUCUGUGCAGCGGGCUGAACAUCAGCAUGCUGGCGCUUGACCCAGUGGAGCUGCGGGUCCUGCAGAACAGUGGCACAGAGAAGGAGCAGAAAUACGCACGGACAAUAGAAUCCGUGCGUAAGCAUGGGAACUACAUCCUCUGCACAGUGGUGUUGGGUAAUGUCCUCACAAAUACGUGUUUUGUGGUGUGGAUGUGCCAGAUUUUGGGAAUGACCGCUCUCUCGACUGCCUCGUGCACUUUGGGGAUCUUCUUUAUCGGAGAAAUAUUACCCCACUCCGUGGCGUCCAGGCACAGCCUAGCCAUCGCCUCCAAGACACUGUGCGCUACCCGCUUGCUGAUGCUCAUCUUCUUCCCCAUUGCAUACCCGGUGUCCAAAAUCCUGGACAUCAUGCUGCACCAGGAGAUCAGCAGCUUUUACACCAGGGAGAAGCUGGUGGCCAUGCUGCGUGUCACGGACCCUUAUCAUGACCUGGUCAAGGAGGAGCUCAACAUCAUCCAGGGAGCUCUGGAGCUGAGGACCAAAACCGUGGAAGAUGUCCUGACGCCGCUGUCAGACUGCUACAUGCUGUCAUCAGACGCCGUCCUGGACUUCUGCACCAUGUCCGACGUGAUGCAGAGCGGCUUCACCCGAAUUCCGGUCUACGAGAACGACAGGUCCAACAUCGUGGACAUCCUGUUCGUGAAAGACUUGGCCUUCGUGGAUCCGGAUGAUUGCACUCCCCUGAAAACAAUCACACAGUUCUACAGGCAUCCCAUGCACUGCGUCUUCAAUGACACCAAGCUGGAUGUGAUGCUGGAGGAAUUCAAGAGAGGGAAGUCUCACCUGGCCGUGGUGCAGAGGGUGAACAGCGAAGGCGAGGGGGACCCUUUCUAUGAGGUGAUGGGCAUUGUCACGCUGGAGGAUGUGAUCGAAGAGAUCAUCAAGUCUGAGAUUGUGGACGAGACAGACCUGUACACUGACAAUCGGACAAAGAGGCGAGUGUCCCACCACGAGAGGAAGCAACAGGAUUUCUCCAUCUUCAAACUUGGAGAAAAUGAGCUGACGGUGAAGAUCUCUCCCCAGCUGCUGCUCGCCACUCACCGCUUCCUGGCUACAGAAGUGGAGCCUUUCAGGCUGUGUCACCUGUCGGACAAGAUCCUGCUGCGCCUCAUCAAGCACCCGAGUGUCGUGCAGGAGCUCAAGUUCGACCCCAAGAACAAGCAUGCGCCUCAACACUAUCUCUAUCAGAGGAAUAAGCCCGUCGACUACUUCAUCCUCAUUUUGCAGGGACGGGUGGAGGUGGAGAUAGGAAAGGAAGCUCUGCGGUUUGAAAAUGGAGCCUUUUCCCACUACGGCAUGCCAGCUCUCAUCUCGCCGCUGCCGGCCGCCCACAGAUACAGCUCUCGAGGCAGCGGCCUGAACCAGUCGGACUCGUUGCUGAGCGGGGGCAGCGUGGGUCAGCUCACAGCAAGCGGAGGGGCCUAUUUACCAGACUACUCAGUGCGACAACUCACCGAUCUGCAGAUCAUCAAGAUCACCAGGAACCAUUACCAGAAUGCCCUGACAGCCACCCGGAUGGACAGCACCCCUCACACCCCGGAUGCUUACAUGGAUCCUUACAUUAAAGGGAGAAGUCCGGGCCCAGAGGCUCGCUCAAACAGCGUCGCCCUUCCACUCAUGAGCGUGCACACUCGACUGGGGAUGGCGCGCCUGGCGCACCUCCAUCCGUACGGUGGCCUUCACAAAACCUACCAGCUCAACGAGAGAAACCGCAUCGUUCGCAGCAAAUCUGACGGGCAGAGGAGUCCAAACGAUACGGUGUUCCUUCACAUGGAUGAGAUCCCCUACAUCCACGAGGACCGACCGGAAAGUUCUGCUGACAAUGAUGUGCCUACAGAGCCAUCCACCUCCCCGUUCAUCAGCUCCCUGUCUCUGUCCAGCUCAGAGGAGAACAUCGGGAAGAAGCUCCUGCGUAAACUGAGUAACAAGAGGAGGAAAAAGUCUCGAGAUGGAGAAAGGAGUUUGGAGGAGGAGGAGGGCUCAGAGCAACCCUCAGUAACGAGCUAGUCCAGCGACCCGGAGGAGGCGGGACACGUCACGCACCCCGUUCCUCACUGGAGCUCCCCGGAUGCCCUCUGUCCAGAAAAUUCCUCCAAACCUGCUUCAAUAUCUGAUCCAACUCCUCUUCAGCCACUUAUAAAUGCUCAGGACCCCGUGGACACAUUCUACCCUAUUUUUGCCU